AUGAGAUCUCUGUAUGGCCCCUCCUCCAUUAGCUCAGCUGCGUUAGCAUCUACUCAGUUCUCAGACUUCAGUGUGACGGACCGGACGCGUGUCCCCGUCGUCACCGUGAUAGACAGCGGUCUGAACGAUGUGACUGGGGCGGUGUGCGAGGUCAAGGGGGAGUGUGUGUACAUACGGCAGCAGGUUGACCCUCUGCUCAGUGGUCCUCGUUCUCUCUCUGCAGCUGUGGGUGAUGGACAGCUCUACCACCUCUGGGCAUGA